AUGGACUCUCAGCCUCAGUCAGUAGACAUCAGAGCUCUUCUUCAUGCUGUGACCAACCCAUCUUCCAACGAGGGUUAUAUCCGAGAUCAGGCGUUGCUCACUGAUCAAUUGAAAGAACCAGGCUUUCUCAUCGCCUUGCAAGAAUGCGCCGCCGACAGGUCGCUUUCACAACCUCAAAGACUGCUCGCAUCCAUCAUCACAGGUCGAGAGUUGAAGAUCAAGUGGAGAAACAAAUCGAUUAUCCCCCCCGAACGCAAGGGCGAACUGCGACAACGUCUCUUCUCAUUCCUAGAAGAAGAAGACAUCACCAUAGCUCGCCCACAACUCGCCCUCUUCGUCGCUAUAUGUAGGACGGAACCUUUUCCUCAAUUUGCUGAACUGGCACAUCACCUCGUACAACGUUUACCCGCCUGUCGUGCAUUUCUGAGAGGAGAAGCUUUCCCUGGCUCGUCUUUCAACAUUCCGACCGUGUUGCUCAACACAUUAUGGACCGUAAAUGCCAUGGUCAAAGAGUUCAGGAAUGUCAAGAUGGCCGUUGGGGAGAAAAUUAUGAACCUACUAGACCAAGAAGUCGCUGGUCCGGUGGGGCAGUUGAUGGCUGAUUGGGCUGAGGCCGAGAUGCAGGGAGGGGCCAAUUUGGUGUUGGAAGAAGCUGGAAGGUAUGCUUUCAAGAUUCGAGCGAAACUUUCCCAGUGGUUCUGGUUCAAAAAGAAGCAACCUCAUACGGUUGCGCCUUUUUCUCAGCUACGCGACUUGGUUGACUAUACUGUCCAGAGUCUACCCCUUAUUCAGAAACGUCGUCUUCAUCUCAUUUCUCAACCUUCCACAGAUUGGAACUCCGAUCGACCUAGACUACUACGAGCCCUGGCGAAAUACUUACGAGCCAUAGGGAAAUGGUGGCGGGCUAUGAUGGGUUCAGAGCCCAAGAUGUUCUGCACUGAUGGCAGAGUAAUCGAUGGGAUUGCCUGGUGGUGGUCCACGUCGAGUGAGGUGGCAUUGGACAGUGAAGGUGCGGUGGUAGAUGAUGGUAUAGACUCUGAUGAUGUGUCUUAUCCCAAGCGAUUCAUUCUCCUUGGCUUGCUUUUGUUCAAAGACGUACUUCCUAUCCUCGCCCAUGAUCGUCCAGACGUGUUUGACGGUCCCUUCAUACUCCGCAGCUUCCACUUGCUUCUAGACAAGCUUCUACCCCUCUCCCCUGCCGAUCUAGAGAAGUUAGAAGAUUCGCCGGAAGAAUGGCUCAUCGCGGAGAGCACAGAGGAGGAGGCUUGGGUGUAUGAAUAUCGACCAUGCGCCGAGAGAGUUCUCAUUGCGCUCAACAAUGCAUGUCGACAGCUAGCAACCAACGAUAAGAUCUUGAAAGGCGAAAUGGUCAAGAUCUUCGUCGAGAUGGAAGUGAGUUCACCAAAUGACCUUCCCGCGAUCCUGCGUAGAGAAGCUAUGUACUGUGCUUUGGGGCGCUUGAGUCGGUCAAUGAGUAAAACGAGCGGUAUAAAUUUCGAGACGUUUCUACGCCAUUGGCAAGAGACCUGGUCGUCACAGAAUUUACCUUUGCAUCGUAUACUCAAACGUCGCCUUGCGUGGCUCAUUACGGAAUGGGUCAAAUCGAACGAAGACAUCGUUCAGUCUCCCCUGCUAUGGCAAGUGUUGUUACAGCUCCUGACAGAACGAGACGAAGCAAGUGAUAUGGCUGUCAGGCUGUCUGCUGCUUUGGCGGUAAAACAGAGUGUGGACGCGUGGGGACAGCCAAUAUCUGUAUUCUUACCGUUCUUACAAAGAACUUCCGAGGCUUUAGUUCACAUGAUGGCAGAAGCGGAAACUCUCGAGGGGAAACGUUAUGUCAAUCAAACCCUAGGGGUCGUCGUGGAACGAGUGGGAGAUGAGAUUCUCCGUUUCCUUCCUUCAAUAGCACAAUCCAUCCCGGCCUUAUGGCACGGAGCCUCGGAUCUGGAAGGAGAAUGGUUGUUCAAAUCGUCCUUGGUGGUACUCACUACGAGCCUCGUUUCUGUGGCAAAAGCUUCCUCUGGUAGUUUGAUGGAAUUAGUCAUUCCUCUGAUCGAAGAAAGUCUCCAACCUCCUGCGAAAAAUUACUUCGAGGAAGAUGGUCUCGCUCUAUGGCAGGCGGCUUUAUACAACGCCACUAGUCUACAUGUUCCCUCGAUUGAGCAAGGACUGAUGAGGUUAUUGCCUGGAUUAUUGGGUCUGUUGCAGACGGAUAUGGAUCAGGCGGGUAGCUUGCUGAGGUUGUUGGAGUCGUAUCUGUUGCUGGAUGCCCCAGGUCUGAUACAGACCCACGCCUCUGUCAUCUGCUCAACCCUCUUCCAAACCCUAUCCCUCGCCAAAGCCAACAAAGACCUCCUCAAACCCAUCCUCGAAACCCUUUCACUCUUUGUCCGUCUCGUUCCUCCUCCUUCGAUGCCACUCUUGGCAGUCGCCCUUCUAGACAGUGGGCUAUUUCAACAUAUCCUCAAGGCCUUGGAAGAUGAUAAAGCUUCUGGUAUAGUCCUCGCUUCAUACCUUAACGUUCUAUCUCGGAUCGCCAUCUCGAGUCCCGAUACUUUCCUCCAGAUGGUAGCCGAGAGCGCAAGGAGGGAGUCGAAAGAUGGAGCAAAGGUCUUGGAGGAGACUUUGGAUGCGUUAUGGAGGAAUUUCGAUUAUGUGGGAGGAGCUAGGGAGAGAAAGGUAGUAGCUAUGGGAGCUGGGGCAUUGCUUAGUACGGGUCACUCACAAUGUCUCGAGAGAAUCUCCGGGGAGUUCAUGAACAUGUUUAUCGAUGUCUUGGCAGAGUUACAUCCUCCGGAAAGUGAUUCAGUAGGUCAAGAGAUAGGAGUGAGAUCGUGGAUGGAAGAAGAAUCGGAGAGGUGGAGUGAGAUUGAAGGUCAUCCAGAGGGAGAUCGCCGACGCCAGUUGGAAGAAUCCGAUCUGGCUUAUAGGAUCCCACUGAGAGCAUACAUAAUAGACGUGUUCAACCGUACUCCUGAAAUAGGACCUUAUUGGGCUAAAGCGGAUCCAGAAGCUGUUCAGACGUUAGGAAAAUAUAUCUCAUGA